GGAGGCCCAGGCCGGAAGCUGCGCCGGGGCUGCCGAGUCGCACAUGGGCCCUGGUCGCUCCGGCCCCUCUCCCGGCAGAGCCGCCCGCCAUGGCGGAGCGGAUCGAGCAGCGCAUCGAGGCCCGGCUGCCGGAGCUGGAGCAGCUGGAGCGGGUCGGGCUCUUCACGCGCAAAGAGAUUAAGGCAGUCAUUAAGAAGGCCUCAGCUCUAGAAUACAAAAUACAGAGGAGAGCUCUCCAUAAGGAAGACUUUAUCAAUUACAUUCAGUAUGAAAUUAAUCUGUUGGAACUGAUCAAGAAAAGAAGAUCGCGCAUUGGAUAUUCAUUUAAGAAGGAUGAGAUUGAGUAUUCUAUUGUGCAGCGAAUACAGGGCCUCUUCAGGCGUGCCACAGAAAAAUGGAAAGAUGAUGUGCAGCUGUGGUUGUCGCAUGUGGCUUUUUGCAAGAAAUGGAAUAAAAAAAUUCAGCUUAGCAAGGUGUUUUCUGCCAUGCUAGCCAUUCAUCCGAACAAACCAGCAUUGUGGAUUAUGGCUGCCAAGUGGGAAAUGGAGGAACGGUUCUCGUCUGAAAGCGCCAGGCACUUGUUCCUUCGUGCAUUGCGCUUCCAUCCAGAGUCUCCAAAACUGUAUCAAGAAUAUUUCAGAAUGGAGCUGAUGCAUGCUGAAAAGCAGAAAAAAGAAAAGAAAGAGUUUGAACAAGCCAAGAUGGACUUGGGCGAGUUCAGUUAUUCUGAGGAGGUUCUUAAUGGGGAAAUGGCUCGAAUAAUCUACAGAAAUGCUGUUGAGAAAAUCAAAGGUGCUGAGUUCUACCUGUCCUUGCUUUCAAUUGCAAAGCUCUUUGAUUUUACACAAGACUUGCAAAAAGAUAUUCUUGAAAACUUGCAGGCCGAGCAUGCUGAUGAUCCUCUUACAUGGGACUACAUGGCCCGUCGAGAGCUGGAGAUGGGGUCCUUGCCAUCCCCAGAAUGUUCAUCUAAGCAGAUGAAAGCAUCCGAGGUGGCCCAGAAGGAGGAGCGGUGCUGUGCAGUCUUUGAGGAAGCAGUGACAGCGCUCCCCACAGAGGCCAUGUGGAAAUGCUAUGUCACUUUUUGCUUGGAGAGACUUAACAGGAAAACCAACAGUGAGGAAUUGAGAAGGAAGAGGCUGGAAAGGACUCUGUGUGUGUUCAGCAGAGCCCAGGAGUCCACCUUGCUGCCAGAGACUUUAUACAAACAGUGGCUUCACCUGUUACUGGAGGUUGGCCUUUCUGAGAAGGCCACAGAGGUAGCUGCAGCUGCAACCAAACGGUUCAGCCAGUCGGUGGAAAUGUGGCACACGAGACUGCAGGUGCUAAUCAAACUGAACAGCAGCGAUGUGGCCCAGUGUUUUGAGGAAGCUGUGAGACAAGUGAAAUCUAAGGGCUGUUUACCGUUGUGGACUCUAUGGGUGGAAUGGAGUGAAGGAGCAAACAGCAAGGAAGACACACAAGCCCUCUACCAGAGAUCCUUAUUUGUCAUUGACCCAGCUGACUCAGUAACCAUGAAAGAGAAGUACCUUGAUUGGGCCUACAGAGAUGGCGGUUAUAAGAAAGCAAAGAAAGUCUUUACCAGCCUGCAUGAAAGUCGCCCAUUUUCACUCGAGUUCUUCAGGAAAAUGAUCGAAAUAGAGAAGGAGCAAGAAUCCUGCAAGAUGCUUAAUCUGAGAGAAUACUAUGAACGGGCCCUGAGAGAGUUUGGUUCUACAGAUUCUGAUGUCUGGCUAGAUUACAUCAAAGAGGAGCUAAGCCAUCCCCAAGGCAAACCAGUAAACUGCGGGAACAUUCACUGGAGAGCUAUGAAGAUGCUAGAGGGAGAGCUAGUGGAAAAAUUUGUUUCCAAAUACACUUUGCUGCAAACUGGACAUUUGUGAAAAAUGCAGAUUACGUUGAACUUGCAAACAUUUCUGACAGACAAUAUUGAAGCGCAGAAUUUCCGGAGUUAGUUGGUUGUCCACAUUUUUGUACAAGAUUCUGAAAAUAAAUAUGUUCAGGAACACAUCCUACUACGUACGCUAUGUUUAAGUAUGUUGGAAUUCAUCUGUGGUCCUACCACACAGCUGCUACUAGUGUUCCGUGUCUCAGUGUGGUGUGGGUACAAAUCCACAGUUGAAGAAGAGGAAAAGCUUGUCACAAAGCAAGUGAAGGCAUCUAUCGUAUUCGUAACUGAGAACUUCUGAGAGCAAACACUCCCAACAGUCUACGCUAUCUGGUGCAGUAAAUAGCCACUAUACAUCAGAUUUCAUACAUUUAAAAGUUUAUAUUAAAACUAAAAUUGAUGCAAAGAAAUUUAAUUUCAGUAGAAAUUGAAGCUUGGGUAUCAGGCCCAUAUAGAGCAAUGCAAAAUGGAACAGAAAGCGACAGUAACUGAAAGCAAAGGGAACAACUAUCAAAGUGAGGUUUGGGGAUAGAGGUAAUUUGAGUAUUUGCAUGUAGUGAACCUUGCCUCUUUCCAACAUAACAGGCAGUCAUUUAAUUUACUAAAUUGUAACUUAUUGCAAUACAGUUUUUCAUGAUUUUAUAUUUAAAUAACUCUCUCAAUAUGGCCAAUUUAAACUCUUUCCAUAAACU